UCCAAUUCCAAUUCCAACCUUGCCAGUGCACUUUUCCCACCUGCUGUACUGUACAUACAUACACAGACAGACCCACAAACAGGCUGGGUGGUGCUGGGUACACUGCUGGGCUCGCGACCACUUGGGCUGUCAGAGAGAGUUCCGCCUUCUGGUUGGCAAUAUGGACGAUGUUCUGAAGUGGUGUGUCGAGGAAAUUGCGUUGGAAGGUGCCGAAGCUGAGGCCAAGAAAGACCUCAAGGCCGAACCAGCCGAAGGAAUCUUGGAGAUCGUGAGAACUUUACCCGGCAAGCUGGACAAGCACUUGCAGAGCUACCUAUGGUCCUUGGUGAUAAGAUUGAAUGAUAUACAAGCCCUCGCCGUUGACGAUGAGCGCAUCGGUAACCUAUCGACUGACGUGAAGCGAAAGAAAGAUAACCGCAAAGACCCAGCACAGGACAAGUUAAAGUCAGGUGGCAAUGAAAUUCCACAUGAACUAUCGUAUACGGAUGCGGUGGGCCGUUAUGGGGCACGCAUACGACUGGUCGCGAAGGAAACAGUUCGGCGAACAACUAUACUCCUGGGAAUCGAUUCGAACACCAUCAGACUGUCUCAAACAGUCUGGGACACUCUAGCGAUCAUUGCGCAAUCUCGAGCAAUAGGCAAAACCCAGGCUGAACUUGCGAAAGCACUAGAUCUUGAUCCUCGCUCCAUGUUCUAUUAUGUUAAGGGUCUCCUGGCGGCCAAACUUAUUGUGAAAUAUCCUGUGGUCAUCAACGGAGCCUUCACGAACAACUGCGUACUCAAACGAUAUGCGGUACGCAAUGAGGCAUACCUGGAAUUCAAGAAAGAUCAUUUGCGAAAAUCAAAAGGAACUAGCGAUGAGGACUUCAGCGCUUUGACCGAAUCGGACUUCACCUUCGCGUCCAGCAUGGCCUUACAACCGACAGGCACUCAGGGUAAAACUUACUACACCGAUCUGCUUAAGCACAGGGUGACGCAAAUCCUGAAGAAUGCCAGAAAUCAAGUGAUGGUUCAAAGUGACCUGAUGGAUGCCUUGAAAAUAGGCGCCAACAACGACAGAUCUGCACGAAAAUGGUUCAAUCGGACAAUAGAUGCGCUAGUGAGAACAGGAUUCCUUACCCGCGUGCUUGUCCCUCGCCUAAGAUCCGGGGUGGAUGUGGGAAACGGCGAUCGAUGCGUUAAACUCGUCAAUAUCUUUGUCCCGCGGCCAAUUGAAACGGGUAGUCCCCUUACCAAGCAAGCGAAGACGUCUUAUCGUGUGAAGCAGCUGGCUGGAGAUGCGGAUAAGGAGAUGGUGUUAGGAGAGGGAGGGGUCCUUGCUGAUUUGCCAUUGGAAUGGCAGGUAUAUCGUUUAAUUGCUUUGUCUGGAGAACGUGGCACAACGUCAGGGAUUAUUCAACGCUCUCUGAACAAUCUCGGAGAACGAAUUCUUGACAAAAUUUUGAACAAAAUCGUAAAACCUUUGACAGCUCCACCGGAGGUCAUAGGCGCAAUUCGGGUGGCGGAGUUCGCCGGUCGAGAGAGGCGGUAUCGUUAUUUCUCACCGGGUGCCUAUCACCGGAUGCAGCAAUCGGAACACGCUGGUGAAUACGGGGAUUUCGAGCACAUAGCUACCAGUGGACCGUCGACACCUUCGAUUACUCCAGUCAAGAAUCUGAAGACAGCGAAAUCGUCUAGAGCUCGGACUGCGCCAAAAGAAAUCAAGCCUCCACGGAAAAAGCGGAAAGUUUACCACACCUCAGAGUCGGAAGCGGAAUUCUCACAAGCAGACACUUCUGAAGACGCGAUGUCGAUCGUUUUGCCGAAUAAUGACGAUGAUGUUGAUAGCGACGAAAAUAUAGUUCUCAACAGUUCUCAACAGUCUCAGGUUGACGACGCCAUUUGCAAAGUAUGCAAUCGUGACGAGGACGAGGACAAGCUGCUUCUUUGCGACGGGUGCGACCAAGGGGUGCAUCUAUAUUGUUUGGACCCUCCGCUGGACGAAGUCCCCGAAGACGAUUAUUUUUGUUCAGAAAGAUGCCGGGAAACAAAGCUUGGGAAGCCGGGAGUGCCCAAACGCAUCACAAGAAGUCAGGUCGCGGCGAGACCGCAACCGGUGGUAUCUGUUGAAGCACCACCUGUGGAGAUGGUUCCAGAAACUACCGAAUUCGCCUCCCGACCAGAUCAUGCGGAGUCAGAAACUCCCCUGGCCAUUCCGAUCCCACACGAUCCCGGACCCGCUCAACGGACACCGAAACGCCGACAUGUACCGACGAUCACAUAUGUCCGACGUCAAAACCUAUUAUCAAAAUUGCUGCAGGAAAAGAAAAUUUUGGAAGUUGGGCGACUCCUCUUGGAAGCCUACCACAACUUCUCGAUGAAAGACGGCCAAUCUAACCUUCACAAAGUGGAUUUGAAGACACUUCGACGUACCGCCGUUACAAUGGAAGCGGACAACCUGCUGAAAAUAUGCACGGUCAGCUUUCCCCAGAUCAGUGGGAAGAAUGUCACGAAAACACUGCUUCUUGACAAGUCACUGAAAGUUGACGACUUUGAAGUGGAGCAGUAUAUCGAAAUGAUGCGAGAUCGUCAGGCAGUCCUCCCCCCCGGCGUUCCAUUGGCCAAGGGGCAAGUGGAACACCUGGAAGUGGAGCGAUUGUCUGAUAUAAGGAAGCGCCUAGGGGCGCCUCUGACAUCGACCGCAACUAACGUCGACAGCGGGUCGGAAAAAGAAGACAGCGAAGCGCCACAACGCACGGCUGGAAGCAAAGCUCUUCGAAACGCUUACGCAGAGCAACCGCCACUCUAUUUUGCACAGCAGUGCGGAUAUGUCAAUGCGUCCAUAUUGCGGGCACGAAUACUUCACGAAUGGCUUGCAGAACACAUGCUAGACAAAAAGGACGCUUCGCAUCGUACCCCGGUCUCCAUUUCAGCAGGUCCCUUCCGCAACAGCGGAGUCUUCCCCGCCAGUAUGUUCACGCGCGAUCUGCCAUUCGACGUAUAUCUGAAGAUUGUGGGUCAUCAGCAACCUAGUCAAGCUUUCGCUGACUUCAUGCAUAAAACCAAUCACAGUGACAUCAGGAUGGCUGAUCUUCCGCUUGCGCUACGGAAGGAGAUCUUUGGUCCCAGUUUAGCACGUUUUCGGCGUUUGAUCAAUCAAUCAGUCGACAUUCUGCUUGCGCUACAACUUCUUUUCCCAAACUCCGGAGCUACGAACAUGACGCCGAAUGUAGAGGCGAAUGAGGCCAAAGCACAAAAUCAGCUCCGUACUGCAUACUACUUGCCAAGCGUAUUACCGUUGUACGACUACAUGUCCGACCCGGAGCGCCUGCUUCGUACCUAUACGGUGAGGAGCUUCUCAGACAUUCAGAUGUUUUGGUUGAACCUUGAACACGAUUGCCUGCGUGGCCUGGAUGACAAACGGGCCGUCCCAAUGUCGGACACUGAAGGGGAGGCGAGGAGCGAAAGCAAAACGGCUCCUACGUAUCUGUACGCGGGAGGUCAGCAGCUUGCCAUGCUGAACAUUAAAUCCAACUGGACAGCAACUUUCCCGUAUACGGAAGCUCAGUUGAAGGUUCUCGGUUCACACGUCGAUACCAAGGCCUUCACCACGCCUCUCCGCAACGAUCCGCUCUGCAAAAGACUCUCAGAAGAGACCGGAUUAGCUUUGGCUCGGGUCAAAUACUAUUACCAUCGCGCGGAAGACAAGUUCCAGAAGAAGCAGCAGGCACGGGAAAAAUCAGCCUCUACGCGACGACAAAAUGCUUUGCUCAAACGUCAAAAGGCGACAGAACGGCAAAGAUUGGCCCCUACGCCUUCACAAAAUGAGGUCACCGCCGAGGACCACAUGACCAGGAGUCAGCGCGCGGGUCUGCGCGUGAAGCAAACAAUCGAAAGCCAGAGGGAAGGGCGACUCGUUGGAAGGCGGACGUACAGAGCUGGGACUGGCAAUGCAGCGGCUGCUGGAAAAGGGCCAGCCGCAGCGGCCGCCUCCUCUUUAGAAGAUGUCAAUCAUGAGACGGUUCCCGUGAUCGUGGAUGAAGAACGCUACCAAACUCAAUACAGGCAGAUAGCUAAGCGAGUUCGCGCCAUAUGGUCGCAUGAAGAUGACGAAUUACUGCUUCACGCGUAUGCAAUGUUACGCGAACAUGCGGAUGCAAGGUUUCAUUGGGACAGACUAGCUCCUUUAUUCCAAGGGUUUGGUUAUGACCCGGACGACCGCAGAAAGAUUCGCAAUAACUGCCGUCGGCGUAUUGCAGUAUUGUACAGGACGGCGGAGUCACGCAUCAGCAGCCUGCUCGCCCAAUGGCCCAACAUCCGACGGAAAGGAAUUGACGAAGGCGUGUUCACUCAAGCGGAGUUCGAUGAAGCGCACCCAGCAUCGUUGGAGAAAAUGGCGAAUUACUUCAUGCGCAACAACGUAUCUGUUUUCGAAGAGGUGGUCGAGCCAGGAGCCCUCGUACAUCUGCCAAAGACCCCGGAUGCGCUCGAAGCACUAUUCGAACUCAAAGAUUUGUCAAAUGUGAAACCUCAUCCGGAGGACCUAGAAGAGGACGUCGAUGAGAGACCGACACAACGGAGUAAAAUGUCUGCUCUCUACGCCAGGUCGCUCACGCUGCAAGCCGAGAAAGAGUCGCAUUUGACGCAUCCCCGUAAUGUGCCAAACAUUGGUUAUCUUGAGGAGAGUGUUGCUAGAGCCGUGAUCAAGAUGAUAUUGCUAACCCCUGAAGCAAGCUACCAAUCUUCGCAUGCCUUCUGGAUACUACAAGCGUUCAAUUCUGAUGUCAUAGAGACGGCAGUGCGCAAAUUAAAUGCCACGCAAACAAUUGUGAAAGUCAAAGGAUCGACGGAUAGGAGAGUCCCGGGCCGUGGUUACGUCCUUUCCGAUAAGUUCCUUUCGAGUAUUACAGGAGUUCUGCCGGAUCGCAUACUGCCACAAGCAUUGGCUUUUCGAUCGAGUUUACUUGAACAAUUGAAAGACAGCCCAUCAUGCAUUUUCGAGCCAUUUACCAAUAGUGGUUCCAUGAUGGUUCUGCUGGAAGCAACGAGCUGCCGAAUAGUACGGCUGCAACCGAAGUUCUUGGAAAAGAAUAUUUCGUUCAACCGCGUGAUGGAUGUCCAUGAAGAUCCGGCGAAAGGUCAUUUCGACGUGCGUAUAAUAAGGACCCCGAUGCUUGAAACGAGCAGUGCAGUAGCAAGCGAACGGGCAAACGGGGCUUCGGACGCCAACCAAGCCGUCAUCGAGACCAAACUCCCUUAUGGCCCGCACGGAACAUUGAGCGAUGGAGCUACACUCAACGCAAUUGCCUUGGAGACGGAGGACGAUCGGCCGUGGUUGGAAAAAGUCUACCAGAUCGUCAAGGAGGCUGGUGACAUCGCGAUAUCCUUAACCGACCUGGAGCACAAGUUCACAAACUGGGGAGGGGCGCUACCAUGCCUGCGACGAUGUUUGGCGAGUUUCGAAGCCUCAUCUCAGGGGACCGGCGAGCCACCGGUCAUCGUCAAAGUCGGCUUCGAUGACGUGCGAUAUGUGUUACGUGAGUACGUCAACAGAUGGCAGAUUCCAGUGUACCCCGAACGCACGGACACGGAUACGAACGUCGACAUCCAGCCAACGACGUUUGUCCCGGCGAGGAUGUGGUACGACAUCCACGGGAAUGCCGUUAAUGCUGUCAAACGUGCCUGUCUGGAAGUUGUACUUGGGAUCAUGGUCAAGAAGCCAGGCAUUUAUGAGUCCAAGAUCUUCGAGAGAGUCGAAAGCCUGAUGACCAGGAUGGAUCUCAUGGAGGUGCUGGACAUCUUGGUUCAGAGAGGGGCCUGCUCACGACAGACAAUCGUGAAAGCACCUCCCAUUACGAACGUGUUUGACGCGUUGUUUGGCUCUUCUGGAGUGGAGACGAGUCCAUGCAUCAUUGAGGGUGAUGACGAGUCCUUCAGCGACAGGAAAAUCAAUUGCUAUUGGCCCUUGCCUCAUUGGUACAUGAAAACGUCAUAGGUCAAUAAGGUUGAAGGGUUCGAUCGAGUUGCCUUGUCAUGCAGUCUUGGAGGCCAUACUUUAGUGCUCCAAGUUCGAAAUC